AAGCGCCCGCGGAGAGAGAUGAUGCUGGCGAUCCUAGCGAGGCGGCGUGCCGCGGAGGCCGUGCUGCGGCGGCCGCAGGCGGCCUUGUCCGCCUGGAGGGCGUACGCGGCGGCGGGCGAGGAGAGCGAUGUGGUGGUGGUGGGUGGCGGGCCCGGAGGGUACGUGGCGGCGAUCAAGGCCGCGCAGCUGGGGCUCAAGACCACCUGCAUCGAGAAGAGGGGCACCCUCGGCGGGACCUGUCUCAACGUCGGAUGCAUUCCAUCCAAGGCAUGAACAAAUAUUUUGGCAACUUGGCUACCUUCAUGGAAAAAUGACUGGCCGUAUUUUGGCAACCUGGCUACCUAUGCAGUGCAGCAUAAAUGGAAGCGCUUUGUCUUCCCCGCUUUUUACUUGCUGUAGAGUAUUGUUCAUGUCUAUGUGUUGAGUAUCUUAUAUUUGUAUUGGAGACAAGCUCCUUAAAGACAUGUAAGUUGAUAGUUUUCAUGAGAUCAUCCAGCGACAUUCUUCAUUUUUAUGGUAUAAGUGGAUUACAUGGGAUUUAGAUUUCUUGGUUAGAGGCUUCCAUUCAUUCAAUAACUCGAAUGUAAGAUUUAUAUUGUAGUAUCUCCUGGGAUCAUCAACCUAGUAAUGUUCAUUUCAUUUUUUUGGGAUUUGAGAUGAGCAUAUUUGAUAUUGGAUUUAUACACUGUUUACUUCAGCCAAAUGACAUUAUGACCAUUUUCGUUUAGGACACUUCCGAUUUUAUCCAUGCUUUACAAUACAUGUUUCAGGCUCUUCUGCAUUCAUCACAUAUGUACCAUGAAGCAAAGAGUUCUUUUGCACAUCAUGGAGUAAAGUUUUCAAAUCUGGAAGUGGACCUCCCAGCCAUGAUGGCUCAGAAAGACAAAGCUGUGGCAGGACUAACAAAAGGAAUUGAAGGGCUCUUUAAAAAGAACAAGGUGACUUAUGUUAAAGGCUUUGGAAAAUUGUCAUCCCCCUCAGAAGUGUCAGUUGACUUGAUUGAUGGUGGUAGCACUGUUGUCAAAGGCAAAAACAUAAUAAUUGCAACUGGGUCUGAUGUAAAAUCACUUCCAGGAAUAACAAUUGAUGAGAAGAAAGUUGUUUCAUCUACUGGUGCACUGUGCUUGUCAGAGAUCCCGAAGAAACUGGUGGUAAUUGGAGCAGGUUAUAUUGGCCUUGAGAUGGGUUCAGUCUGGAACCGCCUUGGUUCAGAGGUCACUGUUGUUGAAUUUGCGCCAGAUAUAGUACCAUCAAUGGAUGGCGAAGUCAGGAAGCAGUUCCAACGCAUGCUAGAAAAACAAAAGUUCAAGUUCAUGCUCAAGACAAAGGUUGUUGGGUGUGAUACCAGUGGAGAUGGCGUAAAGCUGACACUUGAGCCUGCAGCUGGUGGUGAGCAGAACAUCCUUGAAGCAGAUGUUGUCCUUGUCUCUGCUGGCAGAACCCCAUUUACUUCUGGGAUUGGGCUUGAAACUCUUGGCGUUGAGACAGAUAAAGCUGGCAGGAUCCUUGUUGAUAAGCGCUUCAUGACCAAUGUGAAGGGAGUCUAUGCAAUUGGGGAUGCGAUCCCUGGUCCCAUGCUUGCCCAUAAAGCUGAAGAGGAUGGUGUCGCUUGCGUAGAGUUCAUUGCUGGAAAGGAAGGCCAUGUUGACUAUGACACAGUUCCUGGUGUGGUUUAUACGCAUCCAGAAGUUGCAUCUGUUGGCAAGACUGAGGAGCAGGUGACGGCUCUAGGAAUUCCCUAUCGUGUGGGCAAGUUUCCACUUUUGGCUAACAGUCGUGCGAAGGCCAUUGAUGAUGCUGAAGGGGUAGUUAAGGUGAUCGCGGAGAAGGAAACCGAUAAGAUUCUAGGUGUGCACAUAAUGGCACCCAAUGCUGGUGAAAUCAUCCAUGAAGCUGUCAUCGCCUUGCAGUAUGGAGCAUCCAGUGAGGAUGUUGCUCGAACAUGCCACGCACACCCUACCGUGAGCGAGGCCCUCAAGGAGGCUUGCUUGCAAACCUUCGAUAAAGCAAUCCACAUAUAAUUUCUCAUUUUCUAUUUCCUUGCCAUCCAAACUUUUGGCUCAACAAGAUCCAAAGUUUAUGGUAAUUUUGGGCCUGUUGGAACAGAAGGCCUCCAGUUGUCCUUUUGUUUUGUUGGCAAUAAUGUGAAUUCUUUGAGUUGCCCACAUCUUAUAGUCGUUUAUGCUUCAUUGGCAUGGCAUAUCCAUCCAAAUUCCAAAAUAAUGUUCUGAUACUAUGUUUUACUGUGUAUGCCCAUGAACCAUUGAUGGAUACAUUUCGGACGUUCCAGUAUGGCCGUGUUCGUGCCUUGAUUUC